AUGCCCCGCAACCACGGCGGCGGGGAGGAGGGCGGCUCCGCGGGGCUCUGGGUGAAGAGUGGCGCGGCAGCUGGCAUGAAGGAUGUGGAGUCGGGCCGGGGCAGGGCGCUGACGAGCUCAGCGGCCCGCGGCGACGGCCUGCUGCUCCUGGGCACCGGCGGCGCGGCCGCCCCCGCCGGGCUGCGGGAGGGCCGCCGCGAGAAGCACGGCGCCCGCAUGAGCCUGCUGGGGAAGCCGCUGUCUUACAGCAGCGGACCGAGCUGCCGCAGGAACGCCAAGUACCGCCGCCUGCAGAACUACCUGUACAACGUGCUGGAGCGGCCCCGCGGAUGGGCCUUCGUCUACCACGCCUUCGUUUUUCUCCUUGUGUUUGGUUGCUUGAUUUUGUCCGUGUUUUCUACUAUUCCUGAACACACAAAACUUGCCUCUGGUUGUCUCUUCAUUUUGGAAUUUGUGAUGAUUGUUGUCUUUGGUUUGGAAUUUAUUAUUCGUAUCUGGUCUGCUGGGUGCUGCUGUCGGUACCGAGGAUGGCAAGGAAGACUGCGCUUUGCGAGGAAACCGUUCUGUGUGAUAGACAUCAUUGUUCUCAUCGCUUCAAUAGCAGUUGUUUCUGCAAAAACUCAAGGUAACAUUUUUGCAACAUCAGCACUGAGAAGUCUUCGUUUCCUACAGAUCCUUCGUAUGGUGCGCAUGGACCGAAGAGGAGGCACUUGGAAAUUGUUAGGUUCUGUAGUUUAUGCACAUAGCAAGGAAUUAAUCACAGCCUGGUACAUAGGAUUUUUAGUACUCAUCUUUUCAUCAUUCCUGGUUUAUUUGGUGGAAAAAGAUGCAAAUACCGAGUUCUCCACAUAUGCAGAUGCUCUCUGGUGGGGCACGAUCACAUUGACAACCAUUGGCUAUGGAGACAAAACUCCUCUUACUUGGCUUGGAAGGUUGCUUUCUGCAGGAUUUGCUCUACUUGGCAUUUCUUUCUUUGCACUACCUGCUGGCAUCCUUGGCUCAGGAUUUGCACUGAAAGUGCAGGAACAGCAUCGUCAGAAACACUUUGAGAAAAGAAGGAAUCCAGCUGCAAGUCUAAUUCAGUGUGUAUGGCGUAGUUAUGCUGCUGAUGAGAAAUCAGUUUCCAUUGCUACCUGGAAGCCUCAUUUGAAGGCCUUGCAUACCUGCAGCCCUACAAAAAAAGAACAAGGGGAAUCUUCUAGCAGUAAGCUUUGUAGUAAUAAACAGAAGCUCUUCAGGAUGUACACCCCUCGGAAACAUAGUCAAAAGCUAAGUUUCAAGGAGCGGGUCCGGAUGGCCAGCCCACGAGGUCAAAGUAUAAAGAACAGGCAAUCUUCAGUGGGAGAUCGCCGGUCACCGAGUGCUGACAUUGCCACCGAGGGCAGCCCAACCAAAGUGCAGAAGAGCUGGAGCUUCAAUGACCGAACCCGCUUCAGGCCCUCGCUGCGGCUCAAGAGCUCCCAGCCCAAACCCAUGGUUGAUGCUGACACCAGUCUUGGAACAGAUGAUGUUUAUGAUGACAAAGGGUGCCAGUGUGAUGUGUCUGUAGAAGAUCUCACCCCUGCUCUUAAAACUGUCAUUAGAGCUAUCAGAAUUAUGAAGUUUCAUGUUGCAAAGAGAAAGUUUAAGGAAACGCUUCGCCCAUAUGAUGUCAAAGAUGUCAUUGAACAGUAUUCAGCAGGUCAUCUAGACAUGUUAUGCAGGAUUAAGAGUCUUCAGUCACGUGUGGACCAAAUUCUUGGGAAAGGACAAAUAACAGCAGAUAAAAGAAGCAGAGAGAAGAAUCCUGCAGAGCAUGAGACAACUGAUGAUGUCAGUAUGUUAGGGCGGGUAGUCAAAGUGGAGAAACAGGUACAAUCCAUUGAAUCAAAACUGGACUGUCUAUUAGAUAUUUAUCAACAAGUUUUGCGAAAAGGAUCUGCAUCUGCACUCACCUUGGCUUCAUUUCAAAUGCCAGCUUUCGAGUGUGAGCAGACUUCUGAUUAUCAGAGUCCAUCAGACAGCAAAGAUUUGCCUAAUUCUGCACAACUUAGUGGAUGUGUAUCCAGAUCAGCUAGUGCCAAUCUGCCUCGUGGCCUACAGCUUAUACUGACACCAAAUGAAUUCAGCACUCAGGCUUACUAUGCUUUUAGUCCAGCUAUGCAUAGUCAAGCAACACAAGUGCCAAAUGAUGGACCUGCAACGGUAAAUAAUACAUCAAACCAAAUAAACCAGACAACUAAGCCAGCAACUCCGACAACAUUGCAAAUACCACCCUUCUCAUCGAUGAAGCAUAUCAAUAGGCCUGAGCCCAUUCAUAUUAUUCCUGUAACCACACAGGAAAAUAUUUCUAAUGUCACCGCUUGCCUUGUUGCAUCAAAGGAUAAUGGACAAGUUGCACAGCCUAGUGUGACAAAGGAUCUCACAUGGAGAAAAAGUCUGGAUACAGAAGGGGAACCUUUGCUCUCAGUUAAACCUGUAGUGCAAAUGGAUUUAGGAAAAUCUUUAUCUGUACAAAACCUUAUACAGUCAACAGAAGAACUGAAUAUACAGAUUGCUGGCAGUGACUCCAGUGGUUCCAGAGGUAGCCAAGAUGUAUACUCCAAAUGGAGGGAGUCAAAAUUAUUUAUAACGGAUGAAGAGUUGGAGACAGAGGCAGGGACAGAGACUACUGAAGCCAUCUCACGCCCAUUAGUGGAAACAACUCUCUCUGCUGACUCUCUAAGGACUGGAAUAUCAAGAUCAUCUCAAAACAUCUGCAAGCCAGGGGAUGGUACAGAAGCACUCAAUCUGCUCCAUGUCAAACUUAAAUAACUUCUGGCUUUCUCCAUUGGCUGGAUCAUUCCUCUAGUCAUACAUAUCAUAGCAUGAACUGUUUUGAAAGCCUUUUUAAUAAGAUAAAAUCACAAAAAUCAGGAUGAAUCUGCAAAGCAGUUGAAUGAGCCCAUAUUUCCUAGUUGCAUGAAAAAGCAUGUCUAAGCAAUGGCUAACAUCCAAAUUUACACCUACAGUACAGCAGGCUUUCAUGUAGUACAGUAGGUUUAAACAAUGAGUUGCCUACAAAGCUAAUGCUGCAGGAUGUAUCAAAAAACAAAAAAUUGAGCAUUUAGACCUUGUGCUGUUUCUAUGGGGCAGAAGUAAAAAAUCUUAAGGUUUAAAGCACUUUGCUUCUGAACUGAUAAUAUAUAUAUAUAAUGUCCUGAUUUAGAUGAUAGUUUAUGUUUACAACAAAAAGAUUAUCUACAGCUGCUAGCAAGGUACCAAGGAAAUGAGUAACAUGGGGUUAGAAAUGGCUGACAGUCGCAAGAUACACACAUUAACUUAUCAGUAAUCAGUUAUUUUUAGCUCUGAAGAACAGUAUGUUAAUACCUGUCCAGUGCUGUGGCAGAAGUACCUGACACACCACUGUCACAUUGUUCUUUAUAACAAGAACUAUUUUGUUACAAAAAGUUUAUAUUUUAAGGAUUGGGUCUGGCCUCAGAAGUGGAUAACGUGGGUGACUGCACUGAAAAUUCAAGGGAAUCUCUCCUUCUUCUAGUCUCAUUGAGAAGCUGACUUGUGAAUCUGAACCAUUUUGGCAGCAGUAGGUGAGGGAAGGAAGCAGGUGCUGCCUUUAUUGUAGAAGCAAUAUUUCUUCUUGUGAAAAUUUUGGCAAUUUUCCUUGCAGUCCCAACCUGAUACUACAACAGCACUUUCAUAAGGCUGGACAAGAAGGGAAAAUGAGGAACUGAAAUACAGAGUAAAACUAAGGAGGACAGAAGGGAUAAAGACAACACAAUCAAUGGGAAAAUAAAUAAAUAAUAAUGUGGAUUUAGAUGGGCAGGAAGGGAAAUCAUCCCAGAAAAUAAAACAAGAAAGGCAAAGAAGGAAAAAGUUACAUGUUUGGUUUUUUUCUCACAGAUACUAAGUGUUAUUAAAAAAAAAAAAAAAAGCUACACAGGCAAGGGCUUGUUGCUUUUUUAAUAAAAGGGGAAGAGGAGAGAGGGAAAAUGGUCCCACUCUUAGCUCAACACUAUGUCCCAACUACAGUAAUUUAUUGUAAACUUUCCAACAACACAGACUCACUGACUCCUUCCUGCUAAAACCCAAAUUUUCAAAUUCAAAGCCUGAGCAUCAGACUGAGCAUUCCUGCCUGAUACACCCUCUUUUCUUUUCUUACUCUAGCCUACAUGUCAUUUCUGCUGAGGUGCAGGAGCAGUGUUAGUGCCUGCCUGCACAUCCCCAGCAAGGCUUUGCCACUGGGAGAACCCUUUGCAGAACCUAAAUGGGCUUUCACUCUUCCCAGCUGAAUGAGGUUUCUGUGUGUUGCCUCCUGCCAGAUUGUCACCCCACCUGCACCACAGGCUUGUAGACAACCCAGCUUGGGCUCAGCUUCCCUCUAGCAGCAGGAAUAUCGAAUGUACGGGUGUGCCAGUGCCAGCUCACUCAGGGCAGUGUUUUCUCAAGGCCCAGACCCGCUGGGAACUCGCUAUGUACAUCAAAAACAUCACUCCAGUCUUAACUGUGGCUAAAUGCUGUAGAUUGUAUUGUGAAGGAGCUGAUCUGUUUACUAUGAAACCAUUGUAACUUAUGCUUCCAUUUGCUUUACAGAAGUAUUCCUGGAUGUUACAUGAGAACUUUAUUAUGUGAAAGUACGUGCAAACUGUAGAGUGUAUAUAUUGUGUCAUUAUACGGGGUCCAUGGAUGGUACACUGUGUUCCAUGGCUUAUGCCGGAGCAAACUUCAGUUGUUAAAUCCUGAAAGACACCUUGAAGCACAAUUUCCUCACCGCUGAUUUGCCAUAUAGCUCACCACAUUCAGCCUUUCCUGUUUUCCUUUAUGUGCAAUCUGACCAUACCGAAGCCUGAUUACAACAGCAAUUUUGUGAGGAUAAAUACAUUUUUUUCCACAUCUCAGUUCACUUAACUGUUAACUUAUUUGAAUGUCUGCAGUUUAUCCAGACAGAUAUGUAAGUUUAAAGUAUUGAAAAUUUUAAGAUUAUAAUAGUUUUUUAGGCUACUUUUUCCUUUUUCCUGUUCAUGGUGCCUUUCUUGCCUUUCAUGUGAAGCCUCCUGCUGACCUAAGAAGCAUCAAUGUGCUGUCAGGUUCAGUUAAGGAGCAAGCGGUUGGGCACAUAGCAGCUGUGUGUCCAUAGUGAAACUCCCUUCCCCUCCUUGACGAGACUGAAAAUCCAAGGCAUCAUGAAUUGGACACCACUCUUCCACCUUCAUCUGCAGGAGCAGAUGGUUGCACCCCCAUUGCGGCCGGAAGGCGCCAAUGGGAGAACUGAGCAAUGGCCCUGCCUGUCCCGACUCUGCACAGAAACAGGGCCUUGGGGUUUGCUGAUAAUUUAUCUCACAGAAACUUGGUAUUUUUGCCUUAAAUGAGAUGCUUGAGUCCUUCUAACUUUAAGUUAAUUUAUUUAAUACAGUUUUGUGCACAAAAGAAUGAGUUCUAUAAAUUAUGUAUGAAAAUAUUAAUGUCUUUACAAAGUACUGA